AGCCUCUAAAACGAGUACUAAAAUAUUUCAUUUGUAUUUUUUAAUAUUUAAAUUUAUUCUAAAAUUAAAAUAAAUAGAAUUUUAAAAUAUUUUUUUAUUAAAUUUAAAUUUGAGAAUUAUAAUAAUUAAAAUAAAAAAUUAUAUUAGAAAUUAAAAAUUAGGUAGAAGAAUUAAAAGAAUUAAAAAGUGCAGAAUUUUAAAAUUAAAAAAUCAAAAAUUUAAAUUAAAAAAAUAUAAACAAAAAUUUAAAAAACAAAUUAAAAAAAUAAACACAACAACCCAUCCCCGCCUCCCCGUCCCCAUUCUUCAUCUUCUCUGUAAAAUUCUUCUUCUUUCUUCUUCUCUGCACCACCGACCCCCUCUCUCUCCUCCUUUUUUCAAAAUCAACGUGUGCAAACACGCGCCCGCCUUUUUGGCCAACGAGCCGAGCUCGUUUCUUCGCACCUCCGAUCGAGCCUGCAAGCUCGGCAUCCUCGCGGUGCGGCUUCUCUUACAAGAAAACUUGAAGAAGCCAUUGAUUAAUAUAUAAAUGGCCGCAGCAGAGAAGAAACUCUACGAUGCUGCAACAAAGGGCGAUUUAGCAACACUCCAACAACUGCUGCGACAAGAUCCACACCUUCUCGAUGCAGUCUCAUUUCCAUAUUCAAGAAAUCUAUUACACAUAGCAAUCACGCACGGACAAGUACGCAUCGCGGAAGAGGUGUUGAAGAUGAAUCCGCGGCUAGCUCGGAUCCUAGACUCCCAGAAACUGUCGCCUCUUCACAUCGCCGUAGAAGAAGGGAGGCUCGAAAUGGUGAAGAGACUGUUAGUGGUAGCCCCAGAGACGUGUUGGUGGCGAGACGGCCACGAUAUGAACCCGGUUCACGUUGCGGCCAUGGAUGGGAAUGUGGAGAUCUUGGAGGAGCUGCUGCAGCAAGAUCUGUUUCCAGCUAUGGAGAGGCUGCGGCGCGGGCAGACUGUGCUGCAUCUGUGUGUGAAGCAUCGGCAGCUGAGGGCGUUGAAGGUGUUGGUGCAGAAGCUGGGGGAGCUUGUGUGUGCAAGGGAUGAUGAUGGGGAGACAUUGCUGCAUUUGGCUGUUAGGUGCAAUCAGCUUGAGAUGGUAAAAUACUUGGUGCAAAUCACUAAAUUAGACAAGGAAGCCACAAAUUUGAUGGGCAAAACAGCUUUGGAUAUCUUAAAGGAGAGCCCUAAAGACCCAACCACCUAUUCCGACAUGAGAAGAAUCUUGAACAGCUUGUCCGAUCACUCGACGCUGCUGGGGAUCCUCCCCAAGAUGACCGACAUCACGAUGGUGGUGGUGGUCCUCAUCGCCACCAUGGCGUUCCAGGCCGCCGUCAGCCCCCCCGGCGGCGUGUGGCAGGACGACACGCCGUCGCACAGAGCCGGCCAAGCCGUGAUGGCGUCGACGCAUCCCAAGAUGUACAAGCACUUCGUCAACGCCAACACCACGGCUUUCGUCUCGUCUCUCGUCACCAUCAUGCUCAUCACCACGGGCCUGCCGCUGGAGCAGUUCUUCUUCCUGGCGGUGGCCACGACGGCGAUGUGGCUGUCGCUGACGUCGCUCGGGGUGGGGUAUGGGGCUUCGUUGAUCAUGACGACGCCCAAGGAGGAGCAGUCGCUUGGGUAUAUUGUGGCGGCGGUGGUGUCGGUGUUCCUCAGCUUCCUUCUGUUGCUUCUUCUCUACCUUUCCGUCAACGGCCUCCGCUCGUCGUGGCGGAGAAGAUCGGCCGACCGGUCGUUCUGAUUCUUAUGGAUACAAGAUUUGUGAAAUAUAAAUUGGGAUGAAUUCUCUAUGAAACACGAUGAAUUCUCUAAGUACUCCCUCCGUCCGUGAAUUCAAGGCCUACAUGAAAAAAUACGGGUUUUAAGAAAAAUAGUAUUUUUAUUAGUUGAGUGAAGAAAGGGUCCCACAAAAUAUAUUGUUUAUUGGUUGAGUGGAGAAAGGGAUUGUUUAUUAGUUGAGUGGAGAAAAAUUGCAUUGUUUAUUGGGACCCACUAAUUAAAAUAUGAAUAAAACUUAUUAAAAAUAGAUAGGCCUUGAGUUGAUGGACGAACUAAAAAGGAAAGUAGGCCUUGAAUUAGUAGACGAAGGGAGUAAUAGAAUUUAAAGAAAAUGUUGCUACGAAUUUGAUCGUUCAUGAGUAAUGUACUCAUUUAGUUCACGUUAGCAUUACUUAUUUUUAUGUUUAUUUUGAUUCUAAUA